CUACUAGUCUACUAUAUCCCUCAGAAGCUCCUAUCACUAGAAAAAACUAGUUCCUCUAUUGUUGCUCAAAAAUCUCUCUAAAACAACCCACAUAACAUUUCCAUUUCUAUGGACUACAGUCAACUCACUUCCCUUCGCUCAAUAUGCUCCAAACUCUUUCAUCUCUUCCUCCUUACUUUCUUCCACCACACAAACUCUAUUUCUGCCACAUUUCUCUCCACCACCAAUACUCCCUUCGACUUCAUUCGCUCCAGCUGCAACACAACCCUCUACCCUGAAGUGUGCUACACCUCUCUCUCCCACUAUGCCAACGCUGUCAACCUUGACCCCGCCCAAUUAGCCCGUAUCGCCAUCGGCGUUACCCUCGUUCACGCCCGCCAAGCGGCCACCUCCUUCUCCAACAUGACUCGAUGGGCCGACUACGGACCUGAUCCCAGAGCCAUGUCCGCUAUCCAUGACUGCUCCUCCACCUUCGUCGACGCCGUUGAUCAGAUGCGUGGGUCUCUCAAACAGAUGAGCCACCUAGCAACAGACGUAGGGUCCAGUGUUGAGGCGGUCAGGUUUCAGCUUGGCAAUGUUCAAACGUGGAUGAGCGCUGCCCUCACCAAUGAGGAUACAUGCAGCGACGGUUUCAAAGACGUUGCGGAGUGUGCGGUCAAAGCGCAGGUGUGUGGUAUGGUGGUGAAUGUGAAACAGUUUACAAGCAAUGCUCUUGCUUUAGUCAAUAGUUAUGCUGAUUCUGUGACUUCGCGAAAAUGAUUGGAUUGGACAUUAUUGGUGGUUGUUGAAUGUUGGAAAACAUGCAUUGCUACUGCUACUUCUUACUAUUUAAUUUGUAACGAACUCGUGAACUUAUGUUGUCCUGUUGUUUGUAUAAUAGUGUGUGAAAGAGUUGGCAUGUAGGUCAGUGUUAACGGAUGGAACUUUUUACUACUUACUACUUACUACUUACUACUUACUACUUACUACUUAAUAGCUUGGAGGUUGAGUUUAUUUGUUUUUGUAGUUUCCAUAGAUGUGUUACCUUAAUACUGUGUAUGAUAGGCUAAUGAGCUAAUCUAUAUGUAUCUAUAUAUACUAUAAACCUAGAAUAAUUUGUCUA